CCACAUCGCAGACCAUGCAAGUGUCCUUUCUCACGAUGGAGCAGUAAUAUAAAAGCCCCUUGUACUCUUCCGUAUCUUCUUUUUUUUUUUUUGCUUCCUCAUCUAUCUCGAACCCGUUUGUCCCAUUGUCGACUUAGUUCUCACCAUGGCUCCCACUGACGAAUCUCCAACACCCCAGGAAAUUAGCUUAGACGCUACGCAUAUCGCAGCCGAGUCCUCUCUUGAUCUAAGCGCCGUCGGUAAACAUGAGGCCCGAAAAAUCAUGUCGCUGCAGCAUAAAGUUCUCGGAUACCGACCACCGCCCGGUUCCCUGGCCUCAGAAGCCCAAGCCGCGGCUUCCAAGCAUCCGGAUGGCAUAUCCCCUUCACCGCCCGACACCGCUUCACUCCGCGAAGCAGCUCUCAAGGACGCAGCCCGUAUCGGGUUAAGAAGCGAACGCAGCACACCCUCCAAAAAAAUUUCAUUCGACAUUGAUCUGGAUCGAAUCGGACUAGCCGACGCGCGUAAAUUGAUGUCAGAGGAGCAUAAAGCCCUCGGGUACCGUCCUCCGCCGGGUUCGCUGGCCGCCGAGGCUCAGGUUGCCGCCGCCAAACAUCCCGAGAUCAAGGACUCCAACAUUGAUCCUCGUAUUUUGACCAAGGCGGCUCAGAAAGACGCGGCUAGGAUCGCGUCGGAGCGAGGAGCCACCGGAGCUAAGUUUGAUAGGCGGACUGAAGAGCCGCCCGUGUUGAAAUCGGGAGACAAUGCAUCACCCGGGGCCUGAUGACAAUGAGCGGGCGUGCUGUCCAAGCCAUCGCGGAACAUGUACAUGUACAUCUUUGCAAG